AUGGAGAUCCUGGGCUCAACACUGACGUCUACCUAUGCCCGACCUCGGCCAACUCCUACCAACUUUCUGCCAGCCAUAUCCACAAUGGCAUCGAGCUACAAGAAUCGGUUUCCUCACUAUACUCUGAGCCAUAGUUUGAGUCUACCAUGGAGGCCCAGCACCUACUACAAAGUUGCCUCAACCACCCCGACAUUGGCUCCCAAGUCCAAGAGUGCUCCUGGACUAAGUCCAGCUCAGAUUCUUCCCUUCGCCUCCAACAGAACUGCACUUUUCACUAGGUACUCCCCCGACGACUGGUACAAAUCCAACGAGAACAAUUAUAGGGGUUCGGAGUCUUCCAGACGUAGUGCUGAGAGGCUUCGGGCGGACACCAGCCGUCUCAUUCAAGAGAAGGAUCAGAAGACCAGAAGGACUCAGACAGACACCAGCAAAGAUUUAGGAGAGCGGGUCAAUGACAUUGUCUUCUGGAAGUCCGAGAUCAUUCACGAAAUUGACCAGAUGAUCGGUGAGACCAAUGCUCUUUCAGACGUCAAGAGGCGCUUGGAGAGGGCACUUGCAGAAACAGAAGGACCUUCGCAGGUGACUCAGGAGUGUCUGUAUCACCGGGAGAAGAGGAUGUCUAUAGAUCUGGUCCAUGACGAUGUGGAGAAACAGCUUCUGCAGGAAGUGGAUUCCAUCAAGUCUUGCCAGGAGAGAAUGAGGAGACAUCUGGACAGGACAGCAGCACAGCUUGCUUCAAAUAGGGCAGCUCAGCACGAACUGGAGAGGGACAUCAAUGACAAGCAAUCGGCCUACCGCAUCGAUGACAAAUGUCAGAAUCUGCGGAAUACCUCUGAUGGUAUUGGUUACUACCGAGGAGUGGAACGAAUCGAUGCAACCAUCUCUGUCCCUGAAACCUGGGCCAAGUUUUCCGAUGAAAACAUCCUGAGGUCACAAAGUGAGAGAGCUGCUUCUGCCAAGCUCAGGGAGGAUGUAGAAAAUUUACUAAAUGUCACUUCCAAUGAGAUGUGGAACCAGUUCAACCGAGUGAACGUCAUGUUCACCAACCGGAUCUCCGAGACUGCGGAUGCCAAGAACAAGCUACAAAGUCACCUAGCAAAGACUCUUCAGGAGAUCUUUCAGACAGAGAUGACGAUUGAAGCCAUCAAAAAGGCCAUCAAGGACAAAAUGGCUCCCAUGAGAGUAGCCCAAACACGUCUGGAUGAACGCACAAGGCGCCCCAACGUGGAGCUGUGCCGAGAUACUGCGCAACUACGUCUUGUCCAUGAGGUACAAGAAAUCGAUGACACCGUUCAGGUGUUGCAGCAACGCCUCCGAGAAGCUGAAGACACCCUACAGAUGCUGGUUCAUACCAAGGCCAACCUCGAACAUGACCUGUCCAUCAAAGCCAACUCCCUCUUCAUCGAUCAGGAGAAAUGUAUGGGAAUGAGGAAGAGCUUCCCCAGUACCCCUCGCCUGGUUGGGUACACAUAG